UCCAAUUACUCAUCCCUAGACGUAGAGUUGCAAAAAAACAAUAGCGUUUAAAUAGUAAACAAUUUAGGGCCUAAAUAUGAUACACAGUCUGUUUAUAGUGAACAGCGGCGGAGAGGUCUUCCUGGAAAAGCACUGGCGUUCGGUGGUCUCGCGAUCCGUGUGCGAAUACUUCCUCGACGCCCAGCGAGCCGCACCAUAUGAUGUGCCGCCGGUGAUAGCCACGCCCCACUACUACUUGAUUACGGUGCAAAGGGACACGGUGUCGUUGGUGGCUGCCUGCAAACAGGAGGUGCCCCCGCUCUUCGUCAUCGAGUUCCUCCAUCGCGUGGUAGACACUUUCCAGGACUAUUUUGGCGAUUGUUCCGAGUCGGUGAUCAAAGACAACUAUGUGGUCGUGUACGAGCUGCUGGACGAGAUGCUGGACAAUGGCUUUCCGCUGGCCACCGAGAGCAACAUCCUCAAGGAGCUGAUCAAGCCGCCGAACAUCCUGCGCACCAUUGCCAACACGGUGACGGGCAAGAGCAAUGUCAGCACCACCUUGCCCUCGGGUCAGUUGUCAGCGAUUCCCUGGCGCAGAAGUGGCGUACGAUACACGAACAACGAGGCGUACUUCGAUGUCAUCGAGGAAGUAGACGCCAUCAUAGAUAAAUCGGGGUCCACUGUCUUUGCGGAGAUCCAGGGAUAUAUCGAUUGCUGCAUAAAGUUAUCCGGCAUGCCAGAUCUCACAUUGUCCUUCAUGAAUCCGCGCCUCUUCGACGACGUGUCCUUCCAUCCUUGCGUGCGAUUUAAGCGCUGGGAGGCGGAGCGCCUACUCUCCUUCAUCCCACCCGAUGGUAACUUCCGCCUGAUGUCGUACCACAUAAGCUCCCAGUCAGUGGUGGCCAUACCCAUCUACAUCCGGCACAACUUUUCAAUUAAAACGGGGGAACAGGGACGUCUGGAUCUGACGAUUGGACCAAGGAAUACCCUGGGACGCACCGUGGACAAAGUAAAGCUGGAGCUAACCAUGCCGCGGUGUGUACUUAAUUGCCUAUUGACGCCGAAUCAGGGCAAGUACACCUUCGAUUCGGUGAGCAAGACUCUGUCCUGGGAUGUGGGCCGCAUAGAUGUGUCCAAGCUGCCAAAUAUUAGGGGAUCGGUUUCCAUUACCCCCGGGACGACCAACAUUGAUGCCAAUCCGUCCGUGAAUGUCCAGUUUCAGAUCUCGCAGCUGGCCGUCUCCGGGCUGAAGGUGAAUCGCCUGGACAUGUACGGCGAGAAGUACAAGCCUUUCAAGGGCGUUAAAUACCUGACUAAGGCGGGCAAGUUCCAGGUGCGAAUGUAGACGAAAUCAGCAUCCCGAUUUCGAUUCCAGCUUUAAUUAAGUGCUAACGUUAAGUGUAUUCCACUGUUUUUAUGUCAUUCGGUGUAUUUGCCCCCGUAUCUCCCUACCUAUAUCUCAUUUAUGUAUCUAUAUCUCCCAUAAAAGUUAAACUCCAAUUGUA